AAUGGGAAAAGCUAUGGUACUUGCAGCAAGGCUGCAAAUCACUUGCACGUAUCCUUGAGAGUCCGGUGAAGAUGAAGGAGACUGAGCUGCACAAGAGAGAGCGCCCAGCUUCGUGUCCCGAACCCACCCAUCCAACUUGAUCCUGCGCCCCCCUCUCCAAAGCCUCCUGGCGCGCAAAGCGCAGCGCUCUCCGUCCCAGCAGCGCCGGCUAACCGAGGCGGGUUCUUGCAGAAACCCCGCCCCGGGAUCCGCCGGCGGUUGCCUUGACAGUUCCGCCUGGGCUUUUGCGGAGGGUCGGUUUGGCCUUGCCGGGUCGUGUGAGAAAGAGCAGCCCUCGGAGUCCCUUUCCAACCGGGAAGCGUCCGCCAUGAACAAGUCGGAGAUGGCAGACGAAGCGCUCUUCUUGUUGCUGCACAACGAGAUGGUUUCUGGGCUGUACCGCGCCGCGGAACAAGGCGACGGGGAAAAUGGACGGUGCAUCACAAAACUGGAGAACAUGGGGUUUAGAGUAGGACAAGGAUUAAUAGAAAGGUUUACUAAAGAUACUGCCAGAUUCAAGGAUGAAUUAGAUAUAAUGAAGUUUAUUUGCAAAGAUUUUUGGACUACUGUUUUCAAAAAGCAAAUUGAUAACCUUAGGACCAACCAUCAGGGCAUCUAUGUACUCCAGGACAACAAAUUCCGUCUCCUGACUCAAAUGUCUGCUGGUAAACAGUAUUUGGAACAUGCACCCAAGUAUUUGGCAUUUACUUGUGGAUUGAUCAGAGGCGCUUUGUCAAAUUUGGGAAUAAAGAGUAUUGUGACAGCAGAAGUUUCAGCAAUGCCUGCAUGUAAAUUUCAGGUGAUGAUACAGAAGAUUUAAAAAAAUGUGUUGAAGAAAACACCUGCCCUGUAAUAUCUUUAAAUUGUUUAUUUAUUCAUAAUUGCAGUUUAACGCAGAUACCAUCUGUGUGAAACAUGUUUUGCCAGUCAUUAAAACAUGCAAGUUAUCUGAUGAUUGUUAUCCGAUGACUGUUAAUCUUGUAAAUUUUUAGUAAUGUCCCAUUUCUGCAUGUUUCUAGGAACAUGUAGUUUGUAAGUAUGUAAUAAUGGUGGGAUAUCUGAUUAAAUACAAUGUUUGAAUUUCGCGUUUGUUGUUUUGGCCAAGUGUGCAGAAUUUAUUCUGACCUGCCCUGUAUAUGGGUAAGUCUCCAAACUACCAGUAUCUUUUGAAGUGCUAUGAAGUUGCUGAUGGGGGUUCCAUUUUAUUGCUAACGUAAGCAAUCUACUACAAUGGGAUUUCCUGGAAUGGAAACAUUUGUCAAUCCACAGCAAUCUUUUUCAGGAUGGGUGAAAGAUGAUUGGGGGCUCUCAUCUUAAUUCUCCCCUUGAAAUGAAUUCUUCCGUGAGGGUCCUGAUUUGUAUUUCUUGCUUACAUCAGCUGCAGUUACUCCAGGACCUCCUGAGUAGGAAGUCAAGGUAGAAUUCUUAAUUUGACUUUUAUGUAGAGAUGAACGGCACUGUAGCCUCUCUGCCUUUGGCAAUGCACAAUUUGUAUAUGGACAACCUCCAUUUAUGUUGUAAGCUGACUAAUGUACUUUGUCUUAAAAAGUGACAGCAGGCCUGUAUAUACUGAAAGGUUUUACUAAGAAUUUAUACACUUUCUAGUCUGAUCUGAACUGGGGCGGAAUAUCUCCAUAAAUAGUCUGUGAAUACUUUUCUUUAUUAUGCAGUGGGUGGGAGAAGAUUAUGCAUCUGUUGUAUAGGAUGUUCCAAGAUAGAAUAUAACAUCUUUUAUAGAUGUGAGAUCAUGUCAGAUGCAUCUGAAGAAGUGAACUCUAUGACAGGCUAUGCUGCAAUAAAAUUUUGUUGAUUUCUA